CCUUCGUGUGGAGACAGCGCCCUGGUGGAGGAAUCCUACACUUCCUCUGUUUGUAAGUUGCUAAAGUCUCUGCUUCGUUCCCCAAAACUGAUACUUUUCCACUCAUGGUCAUUACAAUACAUACUGUCCUCAGUACAUGAUGUUCUUUCUGAUAUCCCUGUUUCUUUGUAUAAAUGUAAUUCUGUUUGCAACAGCUAGUCAGCUUUUCCCUGCAGUCAGCAAGUCUGCAGGACAACACUUUGAAAUGUUAAGCCUCAUGCCCUGUGUGUGUGUAUGUGUGUACAAAAGUUUCAACAUGUUAUUAAUAUAAUAGGCAAUCAACCUUCAUUUAAAUUGUUAAUACAUAACAUAACUAAUUACCAAUUUGCAGGCUAUAUAGCUAGCUGGUGAGCUGCAACACAUGAAACAGCUUAAAAAUACCUGUCAUUUUGUUCAGGAAUGGUCUUUAUUCUUCAACCCCGCUGCUAACAAAACAUUAUUAUCUCUAAUGUUGGCUACAGAAUGCACACAGUGGGUAUUUUGUACUGAAAAGACUUUGGAAGAUACUCUCUUGAUUUGGCUAACUUUGAAUGCUUAAGCCUGGAAUGCAAAGAGGACCGUGGAUUGUGUCCCCCAUGUCUUACAUUGGAAUUGCCUUUGGAAGUGAUCUCUUCGUGGCCAGUAUGAAGAGGAAUUACUGCUACGACCAAAAACUGCUUCUCUAUGGGCAUGUACAUAUUGUUUUUAAAGUCUUGAAAAAUUGUGAACCUGUCAUUAACACACAAAAUGGGCCAUAGGGAUCGUGCACCAGAGACAGUAUACUUCUUUAGAAGAUAUUCCAUCAGACAAGCACUUCUGUUGAAGCAUACUGGCAGCUUGAUAACACGGCCCUGUUGUCAGAGAGAGAGAUCAUACAGCCUGAUAUUCAAAGACACGUUUCAGGUGUGUAAUCAACAGCAUCAGCUGAGCAGGAGGUAUUCAACAGAGGCUCUGCAUUCAGUAGCUUACAUUUGGAGGUUUCCACUGAUUGAGUGAAAAGAAUUGCUUCCUUGCAUCUUUAGGAGGAAUGUGAUGACGCACCUGGUAAAUCACAAAUUACAGUUACACCCCGCCUUUCAGCCAGGAGUCAACCAGUUGGUUGGGUUAAAGAAACGAUACCUAUACAGUAGUUACCGUUUCCUUGAAUAUUGCAUAGGUUUCGUUUCCUCUGAACUGACCGCCCUCCUGAGGACUGACAGUGUUCCGCAUCAGGCUCCUGAAGGGCUCUUUCUCAUCAGGACCUGCAGGAAGGCGGACGCAUGACGGCGAGGACAGCAGACUGCGCGGUCGACUCAUCAGCUGUCCGGGAUGGCAUUAGUGGUCAAGAUUUGUGAAAAGUGAGCCAGCUAUCAUGGAUUAUCAGGAAAAAUGAAGCAUCAGUGAUCUUCUUUUGCAAAGAAGGAACCGACGCUGUUAUGGCAGAUCAAGGCGAAAUGAAGAGUCAGGAGGAGGAUCUGUCACCUGACAUCAAGGACUGGAGUAAACAUCAAGUGAGAGAAUGGGCUCUCAAGUUGGGUGAUGUGGAUGACAGAGUUGCAGAAAUACUGUUUCAGCAGGACAUUAAUGGGCCUAGCCUUUUGCUUUUAGAUACAACAGACUUAACCCAAAUGGGUGUGACUUUUGGACCAGCAAAACUUAUCAUUCAUUCCAGAGAUGAGGUAGUGAAACUAAAGAAAGAGGAACCAACAAGGUCAUCAAAUCAUUCUGGAAGACCAUACAAGCCUUAUCCAUUUUGUAGGUACCAUGAUACAUAUAGAUACAUGGAGAGCGGCAUUCUUGAUAUUACAGAAUCAGGUGCCUCAGACCUUAUUGAACCCUGCCACGAGUAUAAAGCUUUCAUCAAUACAACAGAUGAAACCAAAAUGGGCAAGUUCACAGCUGAGGUUAUUCGCUUUGCAGCUGCCUGCAUGAAUAGCCGCACCAACGGCACCAUCCAUUUUGGAAUAGGGGACAAGCCAGACUACAUCCACGGUCAAGUGUUGGGAGUGGUUGCUGAGGACAAAGAGGCUUAUGCAAAUGAACUAAAAUCUGCCAUUGAUGGUUAUUUUGAACACAAACACAAACAGACAGCUCAAACUUGCAUCAAACCCCCCCGAUUUGUUGGGGUUCUCAAUACGAAUAUGACAUCAUCUGACAAAUGUGUAAUAGAAGUGGACAUAGUUCCUGACUCUACGAUCUGUGAAGAAAACAUCUACCACACUUUCAACAUGGACACAAAAAAAGCCAAGAAAAAAGCUAAAUGUAAAGAAAUGGCCAAAACUGAAACAAAACCAUCAAAACAGUUCUUUGUACGAGAUGGCGGCAGCAGCAGGGAUCUUCUCGCACCAACCACAUUUGCCAAACAUAUGGAAGAGUACAACCAGUUUGUUGACAGUAUGGCACAACGAUCACAACGCCGAAAACAAGCAGAAGAGAAGCACCUCAACGUGAUAAAAAGCAGUACUCAAGGCUCUAGAUUAAGUCAGAUGAUAACUGGUGGAUCCCUCUCUUUAGAUAAGUCACACUUUGAGCGGUAUGUGAUAGUAACUAACAAAUCACAUUCAAUCCAGUUUGAAUCUCUAGGAUUUCUUGUAGAACUCAACCCAACAGCUGUUUUGGACUUUGAUCCAGAGUCAACUAAACAUGGAUUGCAGUGUCACUUCGAACAGCAGAGUACAGUAAAUGUCCAUUUACCAGCACAGUAUAAAAUCACAGAAGGAGUUGAGGACAUUGCAAACAAGUUGAAAUUAACUCGAAACACCAGCUGGAUAUUCUGUAAUGGAGGUAUUGAGGAUGAGGCACCCUCAGACAUAGAUCAGUGGUUGAUGGACAAGGGAGCCUCCAUUCGAGAUGUGAUUUCUUUCUUGUGUCGGAAAGAUGUGCUUCCCAACAAGAGAUUCCUUGUCAUUUUCCUACUUUUGUCAACAGUGAGUGAGAAGAAGGACCCUCUUGUUGAGACUUUCAGUACAUUCUUCCAGGAGCUCAGAGGCACAGAGCAAAUCCUUUGUAUAUGUGACAAUGAAAAAGCAUUUACCUCCUGGAGGGACCUAAUUGAGGCUCGGUGCGGAAUCAACAUCUCUAGUAGAUGCAUAUAUGAGCUCAGUUUUGCUGAAGUCAAUGGCACUAUCCUUAGUCUUUUGUCAAAAAACCGUAGAUCCAGCCGUUUCCUACCCUGUGGUGGGGGGAGCAAAGUGCUUCUUGAGAAGAAAGUGGAGCGUAGCCUGAAUAUCUUAGAAGUCCUGUGCGUGAACCAAUGUGAAGGAGGAAGCGAGGACAAAAUUGUCAUAGAGGAGAACUUCUACAAAGGAGGAAAAGUGUCAUGGUGGAAUUUCUAUUUCUCAGAGCAGCCUGGAUCCACACCGUUUAUCAAACGAGACAAGUUCGACUACAUCAUGAACACAGUCAUACCAGAUUUGUGCUCCCUGAGAAAAGCCUGCGUGUUAUUCAACCUCAUGCAUGUAGCUGGAUGUGGUGGGACAACUUUGGCCAUGCAUACUCUGUGGGCUCUCCGAGACAGAUUCCGUUGUGCUGUCCUCAGAGACAGCAACGCUGACUUUGCUGAAGUAGCUGAUCAAGUGGUCAAACUUUUAAUGUAUGACCAUGAGGAGCAGUUACCGCGGGUCCCUGUUUUGCUGAUGAUAGAUGACUUUGAUGAUAAGGAAAAAGUAUUUGACUUGCAGCAGAUCAUUGAAAAAGAAUGUGCGAAGAAAGACAUUCAAUCUAAGUCUCCACAGGUAAUUCUCCUGAACUGUAUGAGGUCAGAGUCCCCUGAACUGCCUGAAUCAACUGAAGACACAGUAUUCAUUGGAAAUAAUCUCUCAGAGAAGGAGCAGAAACUGUUUGAGGAAACACUUGUGGAAAUAGAGAAAACUCACAAGAAUGCUGAAACGUUCUAUGGAUUUAUGAUCAUGAAGAAGAACUUCAAGCCAGAGUAUAUUAAAGGUGUGGUCCGCAACACCCUGAAGAGCUUCAACGUGAAUCAGAAACAUGCACAACUCCUGGCUGUUUUAGUUCUGUUGAGUGUGUACUGCAAGGGUGCCUCUCUCUCCGUCUCUCUGUGUGAGGAAUUUCUUGGUCUUCAACCAAAACCAUUUUGUGGAACCAACAAAGUCGAAGAAGGAUUUGGGAAAUUUUCCACUUUAAUUGCCGGCUGCUUAGUUGAGGGUAAGGUAGUAUUCAAAGCUGUGAAAAUGAUCCAUUCAAGUAUUGCAAGACAAUGUUUGCAGGAACUUACAACAACACACAAUGUGAACAAAGCUGAUAUUACGGACCUUCUGCUCACCACAAACAAGCUUUAUGAGAGCACACAAGGCAAAGACAAACUCCUGCAAGAUAUUCACCACAUUUUGGUGAAGAGACAUCAUUCAGUGGAAGAGGAAUCUCAGUUCUCUCCACUAAUUCAAGACAUCGCAAGUGAAACCCCAGGACUGGAAGAGAUGGUGUUAAAAAAUGCAUCAAAGAGAUUUGAGAAAGAUGCCGUUGUUUCUCAGUUACUAGCCAGGUACUACUACCUAAAGAAGAGGGAUUUCUCAGAGGCAAAACUUUGGGCAGGGAGAGCAAGAGAUCUUUCCAAAGACAGCUCAUAUUUCGCAGACACAUCGGCACAAGUAAUCAAGCAUGAGCUGAAGAAUGUGAUUGCAAACUACAAAGAAGUGGCUAUUGGUCCUGAAAAAUUGAACAUGGUUCUCAAAAUGGCUCAGUCAGCAAUAGAAGCAUUCAAGGAAACACAGAGCCUUGCAAAGAAGGAGUCAAUUCUGCGAUUAGCAAUCAAGACAGACAACUGCCCUUUUAAUACAUCUGGGUGCCUGGGAGAAAUUCAGGUCGGAGUACUCAUCAUUGAAGUGCUGGCAAGGACCCCCGUAUUUUCUUCUGACAAUGUCCGCCAUGACAUAAUGAGUGGGGUUCUCUCUGGAGAGGUUAAACUUCAGGAUGUAGAGAGAAAUGAUCAACGGCACAGCAAACACAGACCCUACUACAUGAUUCUCAGACAGUUUGAGGAUGUACUUUACAACCUCAAAUAUAGGAUGAAGUUGAACAUUGACUUCCUUGACAAUUUUUAUGUGAACUUGGGCUCCAGAUUUGGAAUUAAAGACAGUCGUGAGCAAGUAGCCCAAAAUGAGCUUUUCAGAUGUUUCAGACAGUAUGCAAAUCUUUUCUGCAAGACAGAUUCUGCAGCUCUUUUGAAGAAUAAAACCAUGCACAUCAUGCUGAAACUACACCAGGCAAGACAAUACCUGGAGAUGCAAAAGGCUGAUACCUAUUCUGGGAUUCUCAAUCGUCUCUCAAAUGACAUCUCACCUGAAAUAAUGGAGAAGAUUGUCAAACACUAUGAUUUUGUUUGUGCACCUGAUCGUAACCCGACUAUGAAGGAGAGAAUCAACUUCAUCUAUGUCAAUGUUGUGUUGAGUUGUAUCAAACUGCAAUCAGCACACAUUCAGCCAUACCAGAAACUAAUUAAUGUCCUUUGCCAAGUUCUGCAUGAGCAAAUUCCAUUAAAUGACAAUUUGCCACUGCACUUCAUUGCAGUUGUGCUGUUGUGGCCACAGCAGGACCGUCCAGAAUGCAGAAAUCUGGGGAAGUACAUCUCACAGAUGAAGACCUCUUAUUACAGAGUGAUGAAGGACGUGUACAAUGGCAAGAGGCCCAUUGUCCAUUUCUUCCUGGGGAAGAAGCAGGGCUAUGAGCGACUGGUACACUUUGGGGAAAUCAAAAGGUGCGUCUUGGCUGGGCAGGAACAGUUUUCCUCCAUGUGGGAAAAUGGCAAAAUAUGGAAAGAGAGGAAGGUGGAGGAGCUCCUUUGCAGGGUCACUGGCGUGGUGAAGAACGGCUUGAUACUGGCAGAUACUUGUAUCCCAGAUCUGAAGGUCGAAGUCACUCCAGUGUUUCAAGGUCAGCUUAGUGGGCAUGCCCAGGGGUCAAGAGUGUCAUUCUUUACUGGUUUCUCGAUGAAAGGCCCAGUUGCACUCGACAUUAACUAAACUUUGAAAGUAUCCUGUUCCAACACACAGUGUAUUUUCAGCUAAUCAUUGUGGAUCCAUUUGUUUUAUACACCCUUGUAUACUAUGAAAAGGGAUUGAGUCGCUUGUAGUUAAUUGUGAUGCUAUGGUACAUUUUUGUGUGUAUCCUUGGCUCUGUACAUUACAUUGAUACCAUUGUUUUGUAAAGGAAAAAAAUUGUCAAGUAUAACCUUAAAAUCAAACCUCUUAAAAAUGUCUUCAAUUAAAAUGUGUACUGUGACUCACUAUGAGUCAUUUUAUAAUAAUGAAAAUUGAAAUGUUGUUUUUUUUCCCAUAAUGAAAUGAUCUGAUAUUUGAAAAGGAAUCCAACUAUUACCUUUUGUCAUGUUAUGCAUUCACUGAAUAAAUGUCUUAUAUAGCAAUUUAAUAUUGUUCCAUGAAAUGAAAUAAUCUGCAUCAUAAAUGUUACAAAACUUUUACUUGAAAAAAAUGGUGUACAUUAACAACUAUGUAUGAAUUUGCAAUGUUUUAUAUGUAGUGUCUUUGAUUCUGCAUGCUCCCUUAUUGAUACAACCAAGUAAUGUAUUUUUAGAUACUGAAUAUGGAAAUGUUGAUUUUUGUGUUUUGAUUUUGUGUGUUUAUUCAUAAACUGAUCUGAUGUUUGAUAAUACAAUCAUUUUUACCUUUUGUCUUGUAUGUGUUACAUUACUUAACUGCUAUUUUUGUAUUCCAUGAAAACAAUUAUGAACAUUGAGGUUUUCAAUACCUUUCUAAUAAACAUGUAUUGUAACGUUA